AUGGAAUCGAAAAGUCCAUUAUAUGGUCUUUUUCCAGGAAGGAACAAUAUCCAGCCGAUUAAAUCAGAUAAUGAACAUUUACAUGUUUCACAAGAUGACGUGAACCACAACGAUGAAGAUCAUAUCAGCGUAGUAAAUACCAUUGACACAGCUAUAUUAAGAAGUAUUAUUGAUGAAGAAGGAUGGAAUGACAUUGACAACUCUCAUGAAGAAUUGAGGAAUCAAAGAUUUUAUGUGAGUGAUCGAUAUGAUCAAAAGAAGGCAAAUAAUGGGCAACUUUCGAAUAGUCCUAAUCUAAGAGAAGAUUUUCAAUAUUAUAAUGCGAAGGUAGAAAAAGAAUAUGAAUUAAGGAAUAAACUGGAAACAAUGCUUCGGAAAAAUAACAAUGGGAACAUUGAAGUAAUAAGUGAAGAUAUAUUGCAAGAUAACUACAUAGCCACUACUGAUACACCAGUUUCUGGGAAGCAUAGUCCCAAUUUUAACUGGAAGCUUAAUGUGAAGAACUUUUUUUCCAAAUCAUUUCACCAUCAUGAAACGAAGGGAAUGAUAAAAAUGUCUAACCAUAAAAAUGAACAAAACUCGAAUUCGUCUAUGACAAGGGUUAUAGACAAUACAAGUUAUAGGAAUAUGGCAAUUGAUGAAGGCAUAGAUAACACUACGAAAGAGGAGACACCAGCUCUUUCAAUUACUACUGAUCAUUCCAACGAAACGAGAGAACCACAUAAAAUGCUUGGCUUUGAUUUAGAGAAACUGUUUGAUAAAUCAAAAGGUGGGAAAAACCAUAUACGUAGAUCAUUGAAAGUACGACAUAUACAGAUGUUAUCUAUUGGAACCUGUUUUAGUGUAGGUUUCUUUCUAACAUCAGGUAAAGCAUUUUCAGCAGCUGGUCCAUUUGGAACUUUAGUAGGAUUUAUUUUGUCGGGAAGUAUAGUUUUGGCUACUUUGUUAUCAUUUACUGAGUUAUCUACUCUUAUUCCAGUUGCAUCUGGAUUUUCUGGCUUAGCUUCAAGGUUCGUGGAAGAUGCAUUUGGAUUUGCCUUAGGAUGGACUUAUUGGUUCUCAUGUAUGCUCGCACUCCCGGCAGAGGUAGCGUCAAGUACAUUUUAUCUUAGUUAUUACCAAAACUUAUCAAGAGGAGCCAUUGCUGGAUUUGUUACAUUGUUUUCAUUAUUCUCGAUCGUUAUAAAUUUGCUUGAUGUCAGAUUCAUGGGAGAGGUUGUUUAUAUUGUUGGUCUUAUAAAAAUUUUCAUAACGAUUAUUAUCAUUUUCGUUAUGGUGAUUUUAAAUGCUGGGCACGGGAAAGAUAUACAUGAACAAGUUGGAUUCAGAUUUUGGGAUUCAUCGAAAUCCACUGGAAAUUUAACAUAUGGAUUGUUUCGACCUACAUUUGAUUUACUAGAUGCAGGCACCGGGAGUAAAAACGGUAUAUCAGGGAGCACAGGCAGAUUUCUUGCGAUUAUUUUAGUGAUGCUUAUAUCUACUUUUGCCUUCAGUGGUGUUGAGAUGACCUUCAUGGCUAGUGGUGAAGCUAUAAACCCAAGAAAGACGAUUCCUUCAUCUAUUAAGAGAACUUUCUCAGUUGUUCUAACGGUUUAUAUGUUUGCAAUAUUUGCUGUUGGAAUAAAUAUUUAUAGUGGAGACCCACGAUUAGAAUCAUAUUUCCCUGAAAGUGCAGUCAGUCGUUAUAAAGCAGCAGUCCAUGGUAUAGGUACAGAUUGGCAAUUAAACUAUUCGUGUGAUGUUGGCCUAUAUUCAAAAGUUGAGACAGGAAGUAGACAGACUGGAUAUUCAAGUCCAUGGGUCCUGGCAUUACAAAGCUUUGGUCUUUGUACAUUUGCAGCUGGAUUUAAUGCUAUUUUAGUGUUUUUCACGUCAACUGCAGGAAUAGCUUCUCUCUUCAACUCUUCAAGAACGAUAUAUGCUAUGUCCAUACAACGAAAAGCACCAUUAAUUUUCCAAACUUGUACUAAAAGAGGGGUGCCAUAUGUUGCUGUAUUAUUUUCAGGUAUAUUCUCGAUCAUUGCCUAUUUGGCAGUCGAUGCUAAAUCUACACAAAACUUCGACAUUCUAAUUAAUAUAUCGAGCGCAAGUACCUCUAUCAUCUGGAUGGGGUUAAACGCAUCCUUUCUACGAUUCUAUUAUGCUCUAAAAUGUAGGCAAGAUAUAAUUUCAAGGAAUGAUAAAUCAUAUCCGUAUAAAUCACCUUUCCAACCGUAUUUAUCCUUCUAUGGAUUAUUUGGAUGUUUAUUUUUUGUGAUAUUUAUGGGAUUUACUAAUUUCCUUAAUAAGUUUUGGAGUACUAGAUCCUUCUUUUCCGCGUAUGGUGGGUUAAUGUUAUUUAUUGUGUUUUACUUGGGUUAUAAGAUUAUUGGGACGUCCAAGAUUGAGAGAUUAGACCAAUUAGAUAUGGAUACCGGAAGACGUGAAAUGGAUAGGAUCACUUGGAAUGAAGAUAACGAGUAUGCUGGACCUUAUAUGGCAAGCUUUAAGAAACUAGUGAGUUGGUUGUAUUAA